CUGUGCCUCCUCCCUGCUGGUGCCCCCUUACCAUACAUGCAGCAAAGACCAGUGAGGGAGCUGGGGAGCCAGUGUCCCAUUUCUUCUGCCCCCUGAAACUAGACUGGGUUUGUCUGAUAACCAUCCGAGGUCACCGUAUCCAUCUGUCUGUGGUCAGAGGAAAAGGAGAGCCACCAGGACCUGCAAGGUGUGGGGGUGUGGCGGAGCUACAGCUGCGGUUUCAGAUCUAAGAUUGGGCCUGGGUCUUCCCCUUCUUGAAAUCCAUGCCGAAUCCCCCCGCCGGUGACCGGGUCCCCAACCCUACUCUGGAUGCCUUUGACCUGGCGGACCGGAGCCUGAGAAAUGCGGGAACCUCCGGUUCCAUUCCAGGCAUGGAGGAGGGAGGUACAGACCCCCAGAGGACCUUAUCUCCGCUGAAGAACACUGACCAACUGAAAGAGGUUGGCAUGGCCAGCAGGCUUCGCCGGGUGGUCAGUGGCUUUCUCAAGGCAUGUGGACUCCUGGGAAGCCUCUACUUUUUCAUCUGCUCACUGGACAUCCUCAGCUCUGCUUUCCAGCUACUAGGCAGCAAAAUGGCUGGAGACAUUUUCAAGGACAAUGUGGUGCUGUCCAACCCUGUGGCGGGGUUGGUCAUCGGUGUGCUGGUCACAGUCCUUGUCCAGAGCUCCAGCACAUCUUCCUCUAUCGUGGUCAGCAUGGUGGCUUCUAAGUUGCUGACUGUCCAGGCGUCCGUGCCUAUCAUCAUGGGCGUCAACGUGGGUACUUCGAUCACCAGCACCCUGGUCUCAAUGGCGCAGUCGGGGGACCGCGAUGAAUUUCAGAGGGCCUUCGGCGGCUCGGCCGUGCAUGGCAUCUUCAACUGGCUCACAGUAUUGGUAUUGCUGCCACUGGAGAGUGCCACCGCAGCAUUAGAGAGACUGAGUGAGCUGGCCCUGGGUGCUGCUAGCCUGCAGCCAGGGCAGCAGGCCCCCGACAUCCUCAAGGCACUGACUCGACCUUUCACACACCUCAUCAUCCAGCUGGAUAGCAGUGUGAUAACCAGCGGUGUUACCAGCAACACCACUAACAGCAGCCUGAUUAAGCAUUGGUGUGGCUUCAGGGGGGAGAUGCCCCAGGGAAGUGGCGAGGGGUGUGGCCUCUUCAGCUCUUGCACAGAGAGGAACAGCUCAGCAUCUCCGGAGGAGGACAGGGAGGAGGACAGAUUGCUCUGCCAUCACCUGUUUGCCGGCACAAAACUCACAGACUUGGCUGUGGGCUUCAUCCUGCUGGCAGGCUCACUGCUGGUGCUCUGUGUCUGUCUGGUCCUCAUCGUUAAACUGCUCAACUCUGUGCUGCGGGGCCGCAUCGCACAGGCUGUGAAGACCAUUAUCAACGCAGAUUUUCCCUUCCCCUUUGGCUGGCUCAGCGGCUACUUGGCUAUCCUCGUUGGCGCUGGCCUGACCUUCUUGCUUCAGAGCAGUAGUGUCUUCACAGCAGCCAUCGUGCCUCUCAUGGGGGUUGGGGUGAUUGACCUGGAACGGGCCUACCCCCUCUUCUUGGGUUCUAACAUCGGCACCACCACCACAGCCCUGCUGGCUGCCUUGGCCAGCCCUGCCGACAUGUUAAUCUUCGCAGUUCAGGUUGCUCUCAUCCACUUCUUCUUCAACCUGGCUGGCAUACUGCUGUGGUACCUGGUGCCUGUCUUGAGACUGCCAAUUCCACUGGCCAAGCGCUUUGGAGAACUGACUGCCCAGUAUCGCUGGGUGGCCAUUGUCUACCUACUAUUCGCCUUCCUGCUGCUACCCCUAGCAGCCUUUGGACUUUCUCUGGCAGGGGGCUUGGUGCUGGCUGCAGUAGGGGGUCCUCUGGUGGGACUGGUGCUCCUUAUCAUCCUGGUUAAUGUCCUGCAAAAACACCGACCGUCUUGGCUGCCUCGCUGUCUUCGAUCCUGGGCCUGGCUGCCACUCUGGCUCCAUUCUCUGGAGCCCUGGGACCGCCUGGUGACUGGUUGUUGCCCCUGCAGGGCUUGCAGCAACUCCCGUAUGACCAGCAAAGUGGCUCACUGCUAUGAGAACCCACAAGUCAUAGCUUCUCAGCAGUUAUGAAAAGUGGGUACCAUCGCCCAUCAAUCCAGCUACACUAGCUUCAGGGUAUUGGAGGUGGAAGAGAGCGCCUGCCAAUCUUUGCUAAGACAGAGGAGCAGGGCUCCACAUGUUUUAGUCUCUUGUGUCCUCUCCCUUUCAAAUAAACAAGGUUACUAUU